UUUCUUCACCCACAGCUUCACAGUUGCACAUGCCUAAAAUCUAACGGUUGUGGAUCAUCAUGGCUAAACGUGUUGCUAUUAUUGGAGGAGGAACCUCUGGACUGGCCUGCAUCAAAUGCUGUCUGGAUGAAGGGCUGGAGCCUGUGUGUUUUGAGACCAGUGAUGAUAUCGGAGGUCUUUGGAGGUUUAAGGAAAAUCCAGAUCUAGACCAAGCCAGCAUUUACCACUCACUGAUUAUUAACACUUCGAAGGAGAUGAUGUGCUACAGUGAUUACCCAAUCCCAGCUCACUUCCCAAACUACAUGCACAACUCCCUCAUCAUGGAAUACUUCCGCAUGUAUGCUGAAAACUUCCAACUUAAACGGCACAUCCGUUUCCAGACCAGAGUCCUUCAUGUCACACCAAGGCCAGACUUCCCUCACUCUGGACAGUGGGAUGUAGAGACCGAGUCUAAGGAUGGUCUAAGAGAGAAGCAGGUGUUUGAUGCUGUGAUGGUCUGCACUGGUCACCACUGUCACCCCCACCUUCCUCUAAAAGACUUUCCAGGAAUAGACACAUUUAAGGGGAAAUUCUUUCACAGCCGUGACUACAAAAACCCUGAAGACUGGCGUGGGAAGAGGGCAGUUGUGAUUGGCAUUGGAAACUCUGGAGGAGAUAUUGCUGUGGAGUUAAGCAGAAUGGCCAAACAGGUUUAUCUGAGCACACGAAAGGGAUCCUGGAUCCUCAAUCGUGUGGGAGACAGCGGCGUUCCUUUCGAUAUGAUGUUUAAUAACAGAGCAGUAAUGUGGUUUCUUGACUCGUUGCCUGUUAAAUAUCGUAACAAACUGGGAGAGAGUCGUCUGAACAAACGCUUUGACCACAAGCUCUAUGGACUGCAGCCCGAGCACAGAAUUUUCAGCCAACAUCCCAUGGUCAAUGAUGAUUUGCCAAACCGGAUCCUCUCUGGUACUGUCUCAGUCAAGCCCAAUGUGCAGGAGUUUCGUGGAUCUAGUGUGGUGUUUGAGGAUGGCACUGUUGAAGAUAACAUUGAUCUGGUGGUGUUUGCCACAGGCUACACUUUCUCAUUCCCCUUCCUUUCCUCACAUGUGAUCCCUGUUUCAAACAACAAGGUAUCCCUGUACAAAUUUGUAUAUCCUCCAGGACUGGAGCGCUCAACUUUAGCAGUGAUUGGUCUGAUCCAGCCUCUGGGAGCCAUUAUGCCCAUCUCUGAGAUGCAAGCGCGCUGGGCCACACGUGUUUUUAAAGGACUGUGUAAACUGCCUUCAAAGAAUGCUAUGAUGAAGGACAUUAAAGCCAAAGAGCAAGCAAUGACUCAAAGGUACGUGGCAGCCCAGAGGCACACCAUCCAGGUGGACUACAUUCCCUACAUGGAUGAGUUGGCUAAACAAGUGGGUGUCCGUCCUUCUAUCCCGAGGUUGCUGCUGACAGACCCAAGACUGGCUUUCAAAGUCAUCUUUGGGCCCUGCACCCCAUACCAGUUUCGCUUGCAUGGACCAGGCCAGUGGGAAGGUGCACGUCAGGCCAUCCUGACUCAGUGGGAUCGAGUGGUGGAGCCUCUGAAAACACGCUGUACAAAAGAACCACAGUCACAGAGCUUCUCACAUUCACUCAUAUUUUCAGUGUCUGUUGCAGGGCUCCUGUCUGCUCUGUAUUACGGCAGAGCCAGUCUGCAAACAUUCUUAGAAAACCCUUCAGCUUUACUGGACAAGAUCAGGGGGUUUGUACCAUUGCCAAUGCCCACACAGUGAUUAUGUAUGAGUAAGAAACAUACUUUAUGUGAAAUUAACAUCUCAUCCUUCUAUUCUGAUUAACUUUACCAGUGUGUGUAUAGAGCAGGGGAAAAAUAAUGUGGUAAAUUCUGUGAAUUUGUUAUUGUAAUACUGUUACUUUGAUUUAUCAGCUUAAACUUUGGAAAAGCAAAUCAUGCAUAAUCUACAUUUCACUAAAGCUGAUUUCAAACAAAGUUUUGUGUGUCAGUCUAAUUAUAUUAAUUGAUGUGUGGUUUUAACAAACCGACGUUCACUGUAAAAAAAUAUGGCAUUAGGUUAAAUUAUACUUGUACGACUUCUAGCUAUUAUUGUAAAUUGAAAAUAUAACAAAUAACAUUUGAAUAAAUAUAUUUGUUGCAAUUCUUGGUGUAUAUUGAAUGCAUAAAUGUACUUUUGUGGUAAAAUACAUGAUGUUAGCAGUUGAGCAUACUAAAUUUUAUCUAAAUAGUAUAAAAAAUAUUUAUAUUAUUAUGAAGGAAUAUCUUUAAGUUUUGUUGUUGUAUUGAAAAAGAAUAAUAAAUAACACAAAUAAA